AUGGCGCCCUCGACCAUUAUCCAGAAGCGGCCGCAAGACUCUCCAUAUCAGCUUGAUCCUGACCAGACGUUGAAGGCCUCACGAGCCCUCCUGCAGCACGUCCAGGCCGAAACCAAGCGUUUACAAGAUGCAUCCUCAAAGCGAAACCUCCUCGAUACCGACGCGUCAGACUCUGAAGCUGAUGCUUCGACCGGCGCAGAAGCCCCCAUAUGGCUCACCCUCACUACUAAGCAACACAUUGUCGACAAGACUCGACUGAAGCCCAGCAAAAUAUCGGUACCGCACUCCCUCAACACAUCUCCAGACCUUCGAAUAUGCCUUAUCACGGCCGACCCUCAGAGAGCAGUGAAAAACGUCGUCGCUGAUCCUGCUUUUCCUGCAAACUUGAAAUCUCGUAUUACGAAAAUCAUUGGUUUUACCAAGUUGAAGAACAGGUACAAGACCUUCGAGACACGACGGCAGCUCUUGGCCGAGCACGACAUCUUUCUUGCUGACGACCGUAUCAUCACCCGCUUACCGGCGACGUUGGGCAAGAUCUUCUACAAGGGGUCAGCAAAACGACCUAUUCCUGUCACAAUUGCGCAGUCGCAGCGGACCAAGAAAGAAACUAAACAGAAAGCCACCAACGGAGAGGGAGCUGCCGCGCCUGCUGAACCCGCAGUCCUUGCGAAAGAAAUCGACAAAGCAGUUGAUGCGGUACCAGUCAGCCUUAGGCCAGGGACAUUGGUUGCCGUCCGUGUUGGAUUGGCUUCUUUUCGACCCGACCAGCUGGCCGAGAACGUCGCCGCGGUCGUGCAGAACCUGAUUGAGAAACAUGUCGUCAAAGGUUGGAAGAAUGUCAGGGGUAUCCACAUCAAAGGCCAAUCCUCGACUGCUGUACCUAUCUGGCUAGCCGACGAUCUUUGGACAGAGUCAGAUGACAUUGCUACCGCCCAAGCUAUUGAGGAGGGCGAUGCGGAGAACGAGGCAGAGCAGGGACAGAAGCGCAAAAGAAGCUCGAGAACCACCAAGGGCCCACAGGCUGGUACUCGCAAACGGACCAAGAUGGACGAGAGCGAUGAUAAGCAGACAGAGCGGAAAAGUACUGAAGCUCGCAAAAGUAAACUUGCAGCCCAAAAAGCCAAGAUCUUUGGUGAGGAUGUGUAA